UGGCUGUGAAUGGCUGCUGAUUGUGGGUGUGAAAUCGGCCCAAACCCACUCUCUGCUUGGUUUCAGUCCUGCAGUCAGCCUCAGGCAGCAUGGCUCUCCGUGGACUUCAGACUGAUUUUUCACACACAGAAUGGUUUCCACAUGUGAGCCCUUCACAUUUUCUCCUCUUUGGUUUGAUGCUUUCUUAUUUCACUACACUCUCCUCGCAAGUUCAAGCAUGUUCAAUGAAGUGCAAGUCAAAGAACAUUUCUUCCCAAUAUCAGCACUGUGGCAUUCGCUCGGAUGGAGUCCAUGACUUGGACUGUUUUGGUAAAUAUUAUUCACGUGGUACAAUAAACUGUGUUUGGAAACCUGGCAAUCACGCAUCCGACAGGAUGCACACAUUCAUCAUACAGCAACCCGCUAAAAAAUAUUGCAGAGCUUGUCACAACAUCACCCAAUUCUCUCAAAGCGUCAAAUUAUAUGAAAACCCAAACAUGACUGUUGAGGUUUUUGAAAACAGCAGAUCAAGAAAUUGCACAAAAGCAAUUUUCAGAGGGUCACCAACGAGCCUGUUUCGUUGUGGUCCUCCUAGUAAUGUGUCCUUCAGCCGUCACUCUGGAAGACUAGAUGUAAAUGUGAGCUGGAAACAAGAGGAUGUGAAAGCCAUCACGUAUUAUUCUGUGAGAUACAAAGUGGUGAGCAGCCCGUCAUGGAACGAGACAAAUGUAGAAUCCAAAGACUGGAGCAGCUGCAGGGUGGAAGAUCUAAACUCCUCACUGGUCUACAUCGUCCAGAUCCGGUGUGUCCAUAACGAGAAAUGCUCUCAGUGCCCAUGGAGUGAAGCUUACACCGUCCUACCAGAACUGACAACGCAGCCUGUUAUUGUCAGCAUUGAAGAUAAUGACAUCAAUGAGAAACAAGGUCGUCGACUGGUUUCUGUGACCUGGACGUUUUCUGCCUCAGAGCUGCAUGACGGCUACUAUGUGAGCAUCGGGAAGGCGUCUGGAGAGGCUCCAUGUCAGCAGAUGAAAACCUCUGAGCCUGAGAUCAGACUGAUUCUCUCCCAUUCAGCGUAUCAGCUCAACAUCAGUGCUGCCAACAAUGCAAGCGUCUCUCCAGCUGUCAGCCAGACGAUCCCACAGCGAGAAGAUAUGUACGGUAUGGGAGAGGAGAAGCUGAACGUUACAGUGCACAACAACACAUCUUUCACCAUCUACUGGAAAGAUGAUCUCAUCAAAACGUUUGUGUGCUACUCUGUGGAGUGGAGGGAAAAGGGACAUAAUGCUCUGUACAUGUCCUUUUAUCAGAACGUACAAAACAGCAGGACCUUAUUUCCUUUACCAGAGCCUUUGGAGCCGUACAAGAGAUACAGCAUCACCCUUCACACUCGACCAGACAAGGAGACCUGCAACAUGAAGCACAUCAACAACAGUGAGAGCACCUAUGGGAGCACACAGUUUUAUUUCAUGGAAGGAUCUCCCAUCAGUGCUCCAGCAAACAUCAGCAAGUUGAACGUGACGCUGAAGUCAGUGCUGCUGCAGUGGUCGUCCAUCCCAGAGGAGGAUAUCAGAGGAUUCCUGCUGGGUUACAUAAUCCACUACACCCAGUACCACCAGCGGGGGACGAGCACAGAGAACAAUAUUACAGUGGAUCCUGAGUUGAACAGCUAUGAACUGUCAGAUCUGAGAAGUGGGACAGCAUACCAAGUCCAGAUAUCAGGCUUCACCUCUGGAGGAGCAGGAGUACGCAGCACAGCAAGCUUCUUUAAAACAGAUCCUGAAACAGAUUUCAAUCUGAGCAGCGUGAUCACAGUCUUUGCGGUUGUGGCCACUGUGUUGAUAUUUGGAACGCCAAUAAUAAAAAGAGCCAAAGCUGUCCUGUGGCCAAGCAUCCCUAACCCUGGAAACAGUAAUGCAAUGCAGAAAAUAGACAGAGCCUGUGAACUGGAGCUCGCGGCCAUCAACACUCUCCAGGUGGAAGAAUGGGACACAAACAGCCUUCAGAUAGUUGAGAAAGAAGCCGUGAUCCCUGCCAGCACACUACCAUUGGUGUUACCGCUUCUCUGUGCUGCAGAAGAUGAGGAAGAUGCACCAGAAAUGACUUGUGACUGGAACCAAACGGACACAGACAGUGCAGCUGGAGAGACGUCACCUGGAGACGCUACAGACAUGUUCUCAGACACACAGCAGACAAACCUCCAAAGCUCUCCGAUGGUCUUUUCAGGAGGAUAUACCACCAUGGAAAUGUUUCAGCAGACGAUGCCGCAGCGGGUAGCAGUGAAUACAGCAGUAACUGAAGGCAUGGAAAGUCAACCAGAGAACAUGACUGUGUUAAAGUCGGGGAUGGACUAUGUACGACAAUUUAGUACCAGUCCCAGCUUGGACAGUGAGCAGCCGUCCACGAUUUUAUGGUAAAAGUUGGAAAGCAGGAAGAGCCACGAUCACUACAUAACACAUUUAAUACAAGCAUUGUCCAGGAAUGUUUGAAUGUGUUCUACACAUGCACUUUGAGGAGCAGUGAUGCUGUUGCAGGUCAACAGUGUGGGGUUAUUUAGUCUUAUGUUAUUAAUAGCAAUAAUAAUACUGUGUUUCAUUUAUGUUUAUGUGAACAACUCAUCCAAAACAAGAAAGCAUGAUGUUAAUUCCAGGUGUUGGAUUUGGAAGAUCUGAUGUACCAAUGUUGUUUUUUUUUUCUUAAUUUUGGCCAAUUGAAUAUACUGAUAGUUACAGAGAGCAUGGAGUAUCUCCUGUAGUGGAUUUAUCAGAUUGUUUUGUCUUCUCCUAUUGUGAUUGGCUACUGGCAGAUACAGGCAUAAAAUACAAUGUUUUUCAAAGGUAGACAUUUGCUAGACUAAACCUAAAUUUAUAAGCAAAACACAGGAUAUUCAGUUGUAUGUCCACAAAUAUCACAAAGCAUCGGAGACAAAGGGCGACCAGAUAAACGUUUGCGUGUAAAUUGAAGAAAAUGUCUCCAGGUGUUCAAGAGGUAACAUGCUGAUGUGAGUGGGAUGGAUGGACGUGCAGAAAGCACAAAAACAUCAAACAUCUGACCAUGCCUGCAUGUUAUUCUCCUGCUCUUUCCUCACAUAACUUGUCCAAUAAAUUAAAAAUUUUUUUUUAACUUUU